GAUGUUGUCUAACAUCCUUUCUUUUUCACGUUUAUUUCUCUGAUAGGUCCCAAGAUAUCACUAGAGUCAUCCCAGUACUCUGUAACAGAAGAUGACGGUUCAAUUGAAGUCUGUGCCUCUGUGAGUGGAGGCCCCCUCUCAUCUAGUGUAGUUGUCACUAUCAACACCCUCCCAUCAACCGCCGCAUCUCCAGAUGAUUACACAAGCCUAAGUGCAACCCACACCUUCACACCAGGAGGGGGAACCAGGAAGUGCUCAACGAUUCAAAUAUCUGCCGACACUGCUGUCGAGUCGUCCGAGAGUUUCUCUGCCGGUCUCCAGAGUGAAGUCGACAUCCUUGACACACCUAUUAGCGCUUUCAUCUUGACUCUUGACAGCAGUCGCACCCACGAUGGUUUUUUACGAAACCAAGAGAGCGUCUGCAUACUCGGCAGACCUUAGGUGGAGAAUGAUAUGGCAAAGAGAAGUGUUAGGAAUGACCAACAGAGAAAUCGCAGCCCAUCUGGAAGAUGAUACCAGCACAGUGUGGAGAACAGUGAAGUUGCUUAGG